AUGUCUUCUAUUGCUGACUGCACAGCAGCAGGCAGAUGCAGAGAUGACGCAUUCUGCAGCAGCAGCAGCAGUAGCAGCAGCAGCAGCAAAGCAGCACCACAAAAGAGCAGCAUGAGGUUCAAUAAUGGCAGGAAACGCAAAUCCAGCGGCAGCAGCAGCAUGCAUCCAACAGCAGCAGCACGUACGCAGCAGCAACAGCAGCAUGGGUGCAGCAGUAGCAGCAUGCCUGCAGCAGCAGCGGCAUGCAUGCAGCAGCAGCAGCAUGCACGCAGCAGCAACAUGCACGCAGCAGCAGCAGCAACAGCAAACAUACGGAAGCAAGGUUUUGAAUAA